AUGAUCAAACUUCUGUGGAAUAUGCAAGCCAAGAAGGAUAAGCUUUGGGUGAAAUGGCUCAAUGCUUAUUACAUAAAGGGGCAGGAUGUACAAGAGUGGCAAAUUCCCCAUGACUGCUCCUGGAUCAUCAAACAAAUCAUGAAGAGCAGGGUGCUGAUCAUCAAUGAUCCGAAAUGGAAGACGAAGCUGAAUGGUGAGAAAUUUAGAACAAGAGAUAGCUAUGAGCUGAUGCGAGAAACUCAACCACCUGUUAGUUGGAGAACAGUCUUCUAUGCUAAUAACGCAAGGCCUCGAUCAAUAUUUCAUUUAUGGCUACUUAUGUUGGGCAGGAUUCCUACAAAGGACCGCUUGGUUAAAUUUGGUGUGCAGGUGGACCAAAAAUGUUGUUUCUGUAUUGAGAAUGAAUCAAUUGAUCACUUAUUUUUUCAGUGCAGUUUCGCUAACUCAGUUUGGGGAGAGAUUCUGACCUGGAUGGGUUACGAUCGGAAACCUGAAAAAUGGAGCAAUGAGAAGGUGUGGAUCAUAGCAAAGACAAAGAAAAAGGGCUGGCAGUGA